GCGGUGCGCGAACUGCAUUUGUUAAAUAUAGUUUUUUUCACGCACAAUUAGUGAUAGCAAAGUGCUUUAGCGGAAUAAUUUCAAAAUCUAAAAUGUAUUGCGCAGUAGUCCAAAAAGUCCAUUGUAAAUUUAAGUAGAUUUUCCCGCCAUUUGUGUGAUAUGUUUGUGUGUAUGUGUGCGUGGAUUUAAAAAAUAGGCAACAAAUAAUUUGCAUUUAAUCGUGCUAAAACAGUGCAAUAUUAGACAAUAAAAAAAUAAAAAAAAUUUUAAAUUCGUGCUACAUUGUAAUCGGGUGCUGUUUAUCUUAAUUUAAGCAAAGCGAGCCUCGAUAUUAUUCAAAAUGAGUGGGCAACGUGACUUGUAUUUUACUCUCAAGGAGGUUUUACCUGUUUUCCGCGACCAUUUUUUACAGAACUUUAACUAUGCUGAUGUGAAAGAUCAAUUACACAUAAUUCUAUCAAAACGAGUCAUUGAUACCAUUGCCACUUUUAAUGAAAAAAAGCAAAUUUAUUGUUUUUUGUUUAUACUGAACGACUUGCCCGACCAAAAACUCGCCCUGUUUGUAAAUGAUAUACUCAAGAUUUACCAUGAAUUUUUAAUGGACGCCAUCAAUCAUGAGUGUCGUUAUCCCCAUCAAAAUACCACUGAAUAUAUCCAACAGUUGGACAAGCUGUUUAAUGGAAAUCAGCGUUUCAGCAAAUAUAAUGUGCCACGCCUCAAAAAGUAUUUGGAGUUGGAAAAGGCCCUCUUGAAGCUGAGACCGGCCAAGAAUGUUGUCAUUGAGGGUGUCCUCGGUGCAGGAAAGCAAUGGCUUGCAUUACAUGUGUGCUCCUCUUACGCGGUGCAGAGUAAGAUGGACUUCAAGAUCUUCUGGGUAAACGUGCGUGAGGGGACGAUGCCGGAAAAGCAUCUGGAGUUGUUGCAAUCGCUGCUCCACCAACUCGACAAUCAGCAGAGCCACAUUAGUGAAAUCAGUAGCAGUUUGAGCAUAAUGCAGCGCAUCGAUAAUGUCAAAGCGGAACUACGACGUAAGCUGAUGAGCAAACCCUACAAAAAUUGUUUGCUUGUGCUGCGUAAUGUUCAAACUAUCGAUACCUGGAAGACGUUCAAUUUAGGAUGCAAAAUAUUGCUCACCACACGCUCCAGAACUGUCUGCGACUAUCUCUCGCCCUCUACCACCGUACACAUAGUCCUGCCGGAUGUGCUUACUUUGUUUGAAGUUGAAUCACUGUUUUGUAAGUACAUGAAAUGCGAGCCACAGGAUCUACCCAACGAGCAGCUGACGUCCAUGAACACCCUUAAUCCACGGACACUUUCUAUCAUAGCGGAGACCAUAAGGGACGGCUUGGCCACCUGGGAGAACUGGAAACAUGUCAAGUCGAAUAAAUUGGUCACAAUCAUUGAAAACUCACUACAAGUUUUGGAUUCGGAUACCAGAAAAUUAUUUAACCUUCUACUCAUAUUUCCCCCGUCCGCAAAUAUUCCCAUUAAUUUGCUAAAAGAGAUCUGGUCUGUCAUCGAUCCAUCAAUAGAAAGUGCAAUGGAUAUUGUCGUAAAACUCCAAAAGUAUUCGUUGGUGGAGCUGCAGGAUAAUCAUGAAACCGUAUUACUGCCGAACAUAUACCUGGAGCUACCACUUCAGGUGCCGAAUGAAUCCACUUACCACUGCAAGAUUGUGAAGUAUUACAACAUUCGUUCAGUUUUCAAUCAGUGCAAUGAUACGACGCUUUCUUCUCUGGACUGCUACUUUUAUAGUCACAUUGGGCAUCAUUUAAGCAAGCUGCUCAAUCACACUGAACGUGUAGAGCUAUUCCGUAUGGUAUUUUUAGAUUUUCGUUUCUUAGAUGUAAAGAUACGCCAAGACACGACGCCAUGGCAUGCAAGUGGAUCGAUUUUGAAUACGUUGCAACAAUUGAAGUUCUAUAGGAACUACAUUAUCGAUAGUGAACAGCGAUAUUUGAGGUUGUUAAAUGCCUUGCUGGAUUUUUUACCAAAGGUCGAGGAGAAGCUUAUAGGGUGUCGAUACACAUGUUUAUUGCGUGUUGCUUUGAUGGCAGAAGAUGGUGCUGUCUAUGAGGAGGCGUGUCGACAAGUGCAACGAUUUCCGAAUCAUGUGUGGUUUACCGAACAUGGUAGUUUCCACCAACAUCGGCAGGUGAUUAAUCUGGGCAAACACAAAUCGCGGCAUGCAAAUUAUCUUGAUGAGCAUUUUUGCUUAAUGGCACUGGACAAUAAUAAUUUGCUACUCACGGACGUCUCUUUGGAGGCCGGAACUACAUACGUACUGUGCGACGAGAACGACCAAAGCGGAAUCAAGGAACUGCGUGUGUUCAAUAAACAACAAUAUCUGCUUACACUACACGAAAAUGGAAACUUAAAGUUGUGGUCGCUCUGGCCAGAUACUGGGGGUCGACCAUUGCUUCGUCGGCGAAGCAGUGGCAGUCGCCAGCGUGUGCAUCCCCAAUGGGUGCAUGUUCCAAAAGACGCGCCAAAGCGAUCCCACAAGCCGGUGCAGCAAGAUGUUUCAGCCUUUUUUUUGGACGAGCUGGCGCAUGGUGAGGAAUCGAACAUUCAAUUGCAUGUGGCAUACAUCGACGGCAACAUCAGUAUCUUUAACUGGAAACAUGCUGACCAAGAAUUCAAGAGAUCCUCGACACCAAUGCUCCGCACGAAACAAUUGAAGAUACGUUGCUUUGCUUAUAUCCUAAGCAAAUGUUAUGUGGUGUCUGCAGGGAAUGGUGUGCUAAGUGUCUGGAAUUUAAAAAACAGUUCUCGGGAGGAACUGUGUCUGAAUAACUACAAUCCUGAAAAAGACCCAGCACGCCAAAUGGAUAUUUAUCUGGAGCAACUGGUAGGCGGUCAAUACUGGACUACCCUGUUACUUAUUUGUGAAAUAAACAUGUGGCGCAUAAGGAUCGAGAACAACAUUUGUGUAUGCCUCGAUAAUCUAAAUUUGGAGCUGCUAUAUAGACGCGACGCAGGUGCCUGUAACAUCACAUGUGCCAAGCUCUCGCUAGAUGGUCACUAUUUGAUUUUGGGCACCAAAAGUGAGGGUCUUAUCGUAUACGAUCUAAAGUUGUCGGAGCCAGUGCUGCGCAGCAAUGUCAGCGAACACGUUACCUGUGUGGAUAUCUACAAACUGAGUGAAGAUUUUUACAAAUACAUUGUGCUGUGCGGCGCUGAGGGCAAAAAUAUCCUGUAUUUACACAUACUGUGCGAGAAUGAUUUCAACAAUAAGAGUCAAACAGCUCUGAAAUGGGUGCAUAACGUAGAUGAUGCUUUUGCACAACAAGCUGAACGAGCGUGCCUUGAACCAAAUGUUUAUCUACGCCCUCUCAUGUGCAUGGCGGGCACUCAACUCUUUGCUGUCGAUUCCAAGCAGCGCAUCCAUCAAAUACAAACAGAAAUUGGAAAACAUGCCAACAGAAGACCCAGCUGUUCUUACUGGUCCACAAUUACACCAACACAUGCGUCCAAUCAGCGAAAGGUGACAGCAAUUUGUGCCUCCGAUAAUGAGCUGAUAUAUGCCGGCUACGAUAAUGGCAUCAUCAUGGACGUCAACAAUGACGCUGAACUGAAACAGGAAUUCAUUACUGAAAGCAUCGACUAUUUAAAGCAGUUGAAUUCUAACAUAUUGAUCGCAUCGGCAGGCUGCAAGACAAUCAUAUUUCGAUGGAGUGAAGAGCGCAGAAGAUCUGUAACGGGUAUUGAUGCUUCAGAUGCGGCAGUCGUUCCGAAACUACGAAAUUCGGCAGCCGACCCAGUCACGGCGCUUCUAAAAUCUAAAACCAUGUACGCGUGUAUAUUUGAGAAGUAUUAUUUGAUACUCUUCUGCCAAUUCGGAGUUUAUUAUGUGAAUCUGGCUCAGGAAGAAGACAUCCAUUAUAUUUCUAUAAUAGAAAUGGCCAUAACUGGAUUCGAUCUGCAAAGUUCCCGCCUCUUUGUUGCCUCUGAGGAGAAUGACAUUCAGAUCUUCCAAUUGAGUGUCGGUGUUGACCGCAUUCAUCAGAAAGAGCUGUGCUCGGAGAAAAUUAAACCGCAGCAUCGUAAUCAGAUCAUUUGCUAUCUGAUUGCCUCUAAUGAUGGGACUAUUUUUGCACUUGGAUAUAGGAGCGGCGAAAUCGAGCUCUAUUCGUACGAUUCCAAUCACAUAAAACUAGUCUAUAGAGUCACGGAGCAUGUACACGAGCAGCGGAUUCGACAACUUCGAUUCUCACCCUGCAAACAGGUGCUAAUUAGUAGCUGUGCUGAAAAACUGUGCUUCUGGAGCGUAACUCAUAUGCGGAACAAUCAACUGGAGGCGAAGACUCCGCAACGUAGCAGCGGGCGUUUCGGAACGCGCCAUCAUGUCCAGGAAUGCGAAGAGGUCGAUGCAAUGCCCUAUGCGGCUUGUAGACAGUCCGGUUUAUCAUCGCAGAAAUCUGUUGCAGCGCAGAAAGCGACUCCUGAACCACAUCAGCAAUGGCGAGAACAAGCUCAGGCUGAAGUAGCCGAAUUGGCAGUAGCAGCGACCGCGAAUCUUUGGAGGGAGAAGCGUGGCAAUGCAUCGAUCCCUGAACUCCUGGCCUGUAUCAAGUUUGUGGGCAAUAAGGAGAACCAAUUCUUUGCCAAUAAAAACUUUACACAAUUCUUUGCCAUCGAUGACGCUGGGGUGUACUAUCAUCUGCGAUUGCUGCAGUCAGCUCACGAAAUCUCCCUAGAGUCCCACCAUCAACGGGAGCCCAUCCGUCAAGUAGAUGAUCUGGAUUAUGAGAAUAUUGCAGACCGCAGAUUAUUGGCAUCCGUUGACCACCAAAAUGAGGACGUUUCUGGUAAUGCUGCGAACGAUAGCGGAGUCGAUGUUGUCGGCAAUGAAGGUGAUCACACUGCCAUCAGCGUUAAUAAAGAGAGAGCAGAAAACUCUGCCCCUAGUAUUUGACGCCAGAUAUACGCCACUUGUAGGCGUACAAAUGUGGACAACCGAUCACCUCAAAUUGCAUUUAUAGGUCUAGUUCUUUAUUACCUAAUGGUAUUGGGCUUCAACUACCUCAAUUCGUACGAAAUAUAGCGAAGCGUUGAAUUCCAUUAAUUUAAGACCACCACCAAACUCUCUUUCCUGCCAAACCUAACCUCUUAAGUGUAGAUAGACUAGAUUACUCAGUCCAAAAAAUCCUGCUAAGUUUAGAGCAAAAGUCCAUGAGUUAAACAGGCAUAUUAGUAAGGAGUGCCAAUGAGAUUAAUUGAUCAAAACUCAUAGAAUUGUAUUAUAUCAUAUACUCUUUUAUUGUAUUCUUGAAUCGUGCCAGACAAGUUUGAUUAAGUUGGUGGUUUUUUGAAGUUUGUUAUCCAGUCGAAAUUCUAAUAUUAACUUUAUCAAGCAGAUAUGAAUCCAUAUAUUUUUGUACACAAAAAAAAGUUAAAUUGUUUCUACAAUUGCAUAUUUUUAUG